UUAGCCUUCCCUUUAUUCAUUUCAUCGCUAUCUUUAAACCAUACAAACUCGAUAUUAACCAUCAAACACUCAAAACUUCCAUCACAUUUCUAAUGGCUUAUAACCCUUCUUCAUGUUCUUGUUUUCAUCAUUCUUUUUGUCUCCUAUUCAUUAUAUUCAGUUUUCCAUUUUUCUUCCUCACAAAAGCUCAAGCUGCAGGCCAUUGCAGAACCUCAUGUGGAACUAUUCCGAUAAGCUACCCUUUUGGCAUUGAUGAUGGCUGUGGCAGUCCAUAUUACAGGCACAUACUUAUGUGCUCCGAUUCGGGCUUUCUUGAGCUUCGAACGCCUUCCGGGAGAUACCAAGUUCGUAGCAUAAGCUACUCAGAUCCUCACAUGAUAGUCACUGAUCCAUUCAUGUGGAGUUGUCAAGAUGGUCAUCAAUUUCGUGCAACUAGGCCAUUUAGCCUUGACACAAGCACACAUUUAACACUCUCCUCUCAAAAUGACUAUCUCUUCUUCAAUUGUAGCGAAGAGAGGGUGAUUGUUCAGCCAAAGCCUAUCUUCUGUGAGAGGUUUCCUGAUCGGUGCGACUCAACAUGUGAUAGUGCUAGUUAUCUUUGCAGGCACUUGCCAGGAUGUGCUACUGCAUUGGGUGGUAGUUCUUGCUGCUCUUACUUACCGAAAGCGACUGAAUCGUUGAGGCUGAUGUUGAAGUAUUGUGCUAGUUAUGCUAGUAUUUAUUGGAGGACUGGUGUAAAUGCCCCUGAUGAUCAAGUACCUGAGUAUGGUAUUAGAGUUGAUUUUGAUAUUCCAGUGACUACAGAUUGCCUUCAAUGUCAAGACAUGAAGAAAGGAGGUGGAUCGUGUGGAUUUGACACCCAAUCACAGAGUUUCUUAUGUCUAUGCAAUCAGAGAUCAAAUGUCACAACUUAUUGCAAUGAUCGCAGCAGUACUACUAGCCAUAGCAAGGCAGGAGUCAUUGCAGGGACUGUAACUGGAGUUUCAGCAGCUGGGGCCAUAGGGAUUGGUGCUGGUCUAUGGUAUUGGAAGAAAGUGAGAGCCACAGCACCAGUAACAUGUGGCGUUCAAAGCAAUGAGAAUAGGCUCUUUUAAAAACAAAUCAACAAAAGUGAAUGCCCAUCACUUUCUCUUUUCUUCUUUUCCUAUUUUUUGAGUUGCCUUUAGCACUUUAAAAAGCCAUUUCAUGAAUCUGUUCUCUUCGUUUCCAAGUUUAUCCUGAACUGUUUAUACAGUAAUAUAAGAUAUUUUUUUUGCUUUUGGGUUCACAA